CCCGACCAAGAAGCCGGGCCAUAAUCUAGUUGGGUUAAUUACGGCAAAACCAAUAGUAAGUGGCUAAGUGAUCUUUUUAUAAUAGAAUAUAUUGACACGCCGAGUACUCCAUCUUGUAACAUAAUACUACUCACAUUCUAGUAAUCCUAUUUAAUUUUGGAUUAGGAGAAGGAAACUGCUUCUCCUCACAGUCACAGGUUUGCCAGUCGUAGAAGAAAACUACAGUAAUGGCUUUCGAGGCCGGCUUCAGAGAACAGCGGGUAAGCAAGCGUCUUUCUUCUUGUUCGUUGUUUUAUUUUAGUGAUUGUCUUAGAAAAGUUUGAUACUUUGGCUUCGGGCAGAGUUUUUAUUGAUUUAUUUGUUCAUCUGUUAUCUUCUACCUUCUCUUCCGGAAGAAGAAGAGGAAAGACGAAGAAAAGCCGGCCCGGAAACAAAUCAACAAUGUCCUCUGGCUCUGUUUCUUCUGUAGAUGAGAAAGGAGAAGAUGAAUGUAGCGGUGCUGUGGAUCGGAUUAGUGAAUUGCCUGAGGGAAUCCUUUUGAGCAUUCUGUCCCUCUUGUCACUCAAGGAUGCGGUCAAGACCUCAUUACUUUCUGGUGGGUGGGUAAAUUUGUGGAAAUCAGCGGUGAAGGAGCUGGACUUUGAUGCCCCAGAAAUUCAGUAUGCCCAGUCGGGUCUGAUACCAGCGAGAAGGAUAAAGUUCAAAAAUUGGGUGAAUAGGGUUGUGAGGCAGCUGAUGGAUGCCUCCUCCCCGGGACAGAUAACCAAGUUCAGAGUGUCAUUCACAUUGACCAAUCAGUGCAAUUCCAAGGGGGAGAUCGACAAAUGGCUGAAGUUUGCAUUAUCGAAAAGGGUCGAGUUUAUUGAGCUGCCCUUGGUCACUUACAUAUUGACUCCUGAAAGUGAUGGCAGGAAGUAUGUUUUCCCGGAGGAUUGUUUCGAUCACAUCAAAACUCCAGCCGGGUUGUCUGAUAUAAGGUCCAUCAGAACCUUGCGCUUGAGUUAUGUGGCGGUCGAGGCCGAGACAAUUGAGCACUUCAUCUCUCACUGCCCCUAUCUAGAGGAGUUAGCUGUGCGAAAGUCAGAAUUGAUAGUGAAGCUCAGGGUUGCUGCUGCUGCAGGUUCGUCGUCGUCAUCGUCGCUUGCGUUGAAGCGCUUGAAAGUGGUAAGAUGCAGGAAACUGAAAACGCUGGAGAUUGAUAAUGCCCCAUGCCUCACCCACUUCACAUAUCAGGGUGGUGAGUUAGCGGAACUGCGUCUAGAGAAUUGUGUUAGUCUUGUGAAUGUGAACUUGGGGUCAGAUUUUUGCACACCCAGCUUCGCAUUCGACUCGAUCUCCUGCUAUGCUCGUCUGUUGGCUGCCCUAACUGUGAAAAUCUGCCAGAAUAACUUCCGGUUCUCGAAUGUGCCUGAGUUUACCCACCUUGAGCAGCUGACUAUCGAAACAAUUGGAAAUUCCAACAGCAAAAUCAUUCGCUUGGUUACCUUGAUAAAUGCUUGUCCUCGCAUACACACACUGCGGCUGAAGAUGUACACGUUCCCCGCCAGCGAAAUGGAAGAGUGUCCAACACCAGAUGUUGCUAGAGUUGGUCGCGAGAGCAUCAAAACAGUGGAGAUUAUUGGGUUUAAUGGUUUCCCAAUUGAAUGCGAAUUCAUUGAUUAUGUGCUGGAAUGUUUUCUUGGGGAUGGAGAGAAUAGUUCUACAUCUUAACCUCAAAGACAAGAACCAAGUUGAGGAAGCCAGAAGUUGCGCGUUGGAGUUCAAAGCGAGAGCAUCCCCUGCAAUUGAGUUUGUUGUAGUAGAUGAUUAGCUGUUUCUGGCCUCCAUAAAAGCUUGAAGCCAUGAUCGGUAGAUGCGCGCAACGAGUUUGUUCCUUGCAGAUUGGAAUCUUGAGCCUUUGGUGUAUAAAUUAUGCUGUCCGAU